CAUUGCAACUAAAAUACAUUAAGCAAGCUCUUUAAAAAACGUGCUUCAUAAAUAAUCACAGGCUUUGGAAUUCCAGAUCAUUUAUUAAGGUCUUUCCUUUUUGUUUCGAAAAUGAAGAAAAAAGUAGAAACGCAAGUGCAAAAAAAGAAGCCUGCCGUGGCCAAUGGUUUUAUCAAACCAGUAAUAGCGGUCAAAAAAAUGCAGGAAGCUCAAAAGGAGAAUCACAAUAAAAACCAGGAACAAGAUUUGCAGCCAAAAGCACAUAAGUCCAAAUCAAAGCCAAAACGCCCACAAAGUGACAUCGGCGAAGAAAGCGUGAAAGGGCUAGCCAAAAAACGCAAACUCUCAGAUAAGCAGAAUGGAGAAGAGGCUAAAACAGAAGCCGUCGAGUCCAUCAAACAGCUAGCAGAGAAAAAAAUUGACAUCGCCAGUAUAAAUAAAGGUAUUUUCGCUAUUUUUAGCAAGCUACAGGACAGCAACAAGCAGACAACAGAAAAGCAUGUAAACGAUAUGAUUGCGCUACUGAGCAACGAAAAGGAUGCACAAAAGCGCACAGCAACCUGUGCAUAUGCUUUAAAGCGUUUAGUACGCUGCACCGGUGCCGACGACAAAGCGGGUGUUGCCGUUAACUCCAGUUAUAUAAAUAGCAUAUUACGCUCUGUACCCGGCCUCGAUCCGAUCGAGCUGUUGAAUUUACUAAAGCGCGAGCUUCCCUCCAAUAGCAACCAGAAGGGCAAGGAGGAAUCUCUAGCUGCUGUUGGACAACUGAUAACCGUUUUGUCCAUUAUGCAGAGUCAAUACUUUCAACAGCCUUCAGCAGCUCUGAUAGCAAUCGUCUAUCCCAUUUUGAUAGCACAGCUAAAGGGACGCGAGUAUUUGGUAUCGCUGUGUGCCGAGAUUAUGGCUGGUUCUUUCAAACAGGUGAAUGCGGCCAGCUUUGAAAGCCACGUUUGGCCCCUUCUGCAACCUGAACUGAAUAAACCCAUUUCGGCCCAGAAGCUGCACAGCUGUGAUCUUCUACUGGCUGUACAUCUCAACUAUCCAAAGGUGUUGUCGCUGAAACAGUUGCAGUCGAUACUCUGGCGCAAGCAGAUACAAUACGAACAGCUAUUUGAAAUCUAUUUAAAUAACUCCACAAUGCAGGGUGAUGGUGUUUAUUCACGCCUGGGCAAAUUUUUGGGAACAUGUACCAAUGAUCAGGCUUUGGCAGCCUGGCAGAAGCAUAUUGCUGAAAAGCUGCCGAUUAAGCACAUCACAGCAAAGAGCUAUAUAAUACAAACUCUGAGCCAUGUCCUCAUGCACUACGAUGAUAGCAAGCAUAAGGAACAUGUGCAGUUGGAACAGCUGUUUUCAUUGGAGCCAUUGCUAAACAUGCUGUACGGCGAGAUGCUCACAUCAAAAAAGCUGACUAGCAAAACCAAUGUAAGGGCAAAGCCGGCGCAGCGUCAAAUGCGUUACAUAUGCCGUAAAUUUGAGACGUCGUUGAUCAUCAGCUUCCAGCAUCAACUCAAGCUGGACACUUGCAAGCUGGCUAUUAUACGUCCAUUGCUCCAGCUUCAUCUGCAGCUGGACAACAUUAUGCUAACGCCACGAUUCACACAUCAGCUGCUCAGCCAACUGGGCGAACAGGGCUUAAAUCAGAUUUACGAAUUCUAUUUCGAACGAUUCACCAGCAAUGAUGAGCAGGUGACUCGAUCGGAUCGGGAGCAUUGUCUAAAGCAAAUGCAACAUUUACAGCAUACCAAGCGCACCAAACUUUUGGAGUUCUUGCUGAACGCUUCUGUCUUUAAUCUUAACGAUGAUCAAAAGCCUUGCACGGCCGCUGAGGCAGCUAUCUUCAGUCGUCAAGCAGCAUCACGUUGCGUUGAGUCGUUCUUUAGCUGCCUGGUCAAUAAGAUCGGCACGAAUAGCGAACAAUUGUUUGCUCUCCAUGAGCAACUACGUCCGCUCUUGCUGCCGCUGGCCAAAAAGCUGGCCAAACCCGGCAUCGAGUCAAAGCUUCGCAUUAAGCUGACGCCUGAAAUACGCAAAAUAUGGGAGAAGGUGCAAAAGGUAUUGGAUACGCCGCUUUCAGUCAAGGAAAAGCAAGCCCAACCACUUACUGUCAUUUUCGAUGCACUAAUCCUGUUCCUUGGCGUCGCCAUGUUGACACCCACCACCAAUAUAGGACUGGAUGUCAUCGAUGAUUUGUUCAUCUGUAAGCAACAUGCGCUCAAUUCCAAGCAGGACAAGGAGAAACGAAAGUCAACGACUGAUGUGGAGCCCAAUUGGCAGUCGGUUCUCACAGAUGCGCUGCUCCAACUGCUGCUCCAAACGGGUAAUUUCUGGCGCCAAUUUGUGAAUGCAGUUGGUAGUGCAGUGAUGCCGCAUCUCGGCAAAGAUAACCUGGAGCAAGUCUUAGAGUUGCUCGAUAUGGACAGAAAUCCGUUUGCGGACAAAUCGUGGGGUGAUCUGGAGGUCAAUGAGGAUGGCAUUGAACAGCAAGAUGAGGACAACGAAACUACUGAGGAUGAAGGCGAAGAAGAGAAUACUGAUGAAGAUGAUGAAGAGGACGAUAGUGACAAUGAGGAUGAUGAUAAUGAUGGGGACAAGGAGGAUGAGCAGAACGAUGAUAAUGACAAUGAAGACGACGAUGAAGAUGGCGAUGAUGAUGAUGAUGAUGACGACGAUGACGAUAAGUCCACUGAAAGUGACGAUGAAGCCACAAAUUUGGAGUUAAUACGUGAAAAUGUACGCAAAGCUCUGCUGAAUGGUGACACAGAUGAUAAUGAUGCCAGCAGCGUCGAUUGGAAUGACGUUGACGAAGAACAGGGCGAGCGUCUCAACAAGGCACUGGAAGCCGCAUUCCAUAUGCGCAAAUCCAAGGGCAACAGUCAGGGUAAAAGCUCGAAGCGUCUAACCAAAUCGGAGCGCAUCACCGACACCGCCUUGCUGCACUUGCGCAUACGUGCCCUGGAUCUGGUUGAACUGUUUAUCACUAUGCAGCCACAGCUGGAGAUUAUAAUGGAUGCAUUGACUUGUGUACAGCAGGUGUUCAAACAGUGCAGCCAGGAGCCCAAGCUGAAGCCUCUGGCCGAGGCCACAAAGAAGACGCUGCGCAAGUUGCUCAAUCAGAAGAUUGCCUACGAUUCGCCGAUGCAAGACAAAGAGCCUAUAAUUGACUGCAUCAAGAGCCUGUUGGAGCAGGAGGCACAACCAGAUGCCAAUGCCAAAGGAAAUCCCAGUGCCAAAUCAAUUAAGGCCAAGGGCGAGCUGGCCGUGUGGCGCAACAAGAUCAUCGCCUAUUUGGUCAGCCAAUUCAAUGAGGUGAAUAUAGCCGCCAGCGCUGUUUGGCCAUUGCUUCAGAGCUUCGCCAAGGACUGGGCCAGUCGUCGCAACAGUCCCCAUCAAUUGGCCACGUUCGAUGCCAUCUUCGCCUCGCCCUGGAUUGGCAUUGGGCGCUUUGCGGCCAGCUUUUAUGCGCUGCUCUCCACGAGCUCAUUGCGUCUCUUCCGUCGCGUUCAAAUCCUCGAGCUGCUGCUCAAGCACUGUAAACGCGUUUGCAACGCGUUUUCCAACAAGCUGCAGACCACGAAAGAGUUUCACGCCAUCCUCGCUAAAUACAUCCCAAUCUCCGAGAAGGAUAGCAAGCUGCAAAAGAAGCUACUGACUCAGCUCCAAAAGUUCAUCACAGAAGCUCAAGCUAGUUCUUAAUUUUUUUUUCUUAACGGAACAAAUGUGUUUGUUCUAUUUUUUACAUCCCAAUUGACAUGGGCGGUACACCUAGGGGCGGGUUUUAAAGUAAACGCUGGGGCUGGAGCGAUUACGUGUUCAAAGUUGGUUUACCAUUAAACCAAGUGAUACAAAACAAAUAUAAUAUAAUA